UAGCGACUCGGCAGCCAUCGCCAACUUCUCCAUCACCACUGCCUUCUUAACGCGCCUACGCCCAAAUCUCUGCCCGACGACUGUUCACACGUGCUCUGGAAUAGCCCGGCUCCCAAGAAUCGUACCGCAACCCAGGAAACCGUCCCCAAGCCUCGUUCCCGCGCGAAGGCUCCACAACCAACACCCUCCAUGGCUGAAGACUUCAGCGAAGGACGUCUGGAGACGUUUGUCAAUACGCCGCAGAAGGAGCUGCCCGGCACUAAGGAUGCAUAUGUAUCCUAUCUCGUCACUACCAAGUCCGACUUUCAAUCGUUCCAGCGCCCGGAAUUCAGCGUCCGCCGACGCUUCACAGACUUUGUCUUCCUCUGGAAACAACUCACCAAAGAGUACCCGCAAUGCGCCGUCCCCCCGCUGCCUGAUAAACACAAGAUGGAGUAUGUGCGCGGUGACCGGUUCGGCACGGACUUUACACAACGUCGAGCUCAUUCGUUGCAUCGAUUCUUGAAGCGCAUAACACUGCACCCGGUGCUGAGGCGCGCCAUGCUGCUCAUCAGCUUCGUGGAGAGCCCAGACUGGAACCAGCAUAUGAAGGGCCGGUCAUCGCGGGCUGCAAGUGGAUCAGAUGCGGGCGGAGGCGGCUUCAUGGAUGCUGUUGCAGAGAGCUUCGUGAACACCUUCACCAAAGUACACAAACCAGACAAGCGCUUCAUAGAGGUCAGCGAACGAGCUACAAAGUUGACCGAGGACUUGUCAAAUGUGGAGAAGGUGGUGGUGCGCGUCGCAAGGCGGCAAGGCGAUCUCGACUCAGACUACAACGAGCUCGCAACACAAUGUCAGAAGUUACAGACCCUGGAACCCGGUGUCGAGGGCCCGUUGACUUCAUUCGCGACCUCCGUACAAGAGACCUCUGUAGGAUUCAAAGAGUUGCGAGACAAGACCGACCAGAACUACCUUACCUCGCUCCGCGACAUGGACGCCUAUGUUGUAGCGCUAAAGCAGCUCCUCCGCGCACGAGAAGCCAAACAGCUAGACUUUGAAGCCCUCUCUGACCUCCUCGCAAAGAACGCCUCCGACCGCGACUCGCUCGCCAGCUCCCACGGCGCCGGCAUGGGCGCAUCGGGUUUCCUCCGCCAAAAAGUUGAAGACUUCCGGGGCAUCGACCACGAGCAAGCGCGCCGCAACCGCGUGCGCAAACUCGAGAUCGACAUCGAACGCUUGACAGGCGAAGUCGAGAACGCGAAGAAAGCCACCGAAGCCUUCGACGAGCACACGGUCAAAGAAGUCGACGACUUCGAGCGUAUUAAGGCAUUCGAGUUUAAGGACACCAUGGGUGACCUGGCCGACGCACACAUUGACUUCUUCAAGGGGACGAUCGACACGUGGGAGACGUUCCUGGCGCAGAUGCGCAGGGAGGAGGACGAGCGGAAGAAGGCGCUGGAGCGGGAGGCCCAAUAGGAUAAGGCAGCCGACCGGGGAAGGAGCAUAUCCGUGGACUCCUGGGAUUUGCCGUUGGCGCAGCGAUAUCCUGAAGCUGUGAAGGGGAAGAGCAUGCAACGCUAGCGUUUGCAUGGUGUUUGGCUCGUAGCGAGCAGUAAUAACAUGGUUUGCUUAUUGAUAGCGACAUGAAGAUAGAGUUCGCGUAAGUUUUCUCCUGCACGUG